UCCGCGGUGGGCGGGGCUUCUCUGUGGGCGGGGCCUCCUCCGCGCAUGCUCAGAAGGCGUUUGUGAGGAGAAGUGGGUCGCGGCGGCGGGUUCGCCUCCUGAGGCCCCGCCUACGGAUGGAGGCGCUUCGAGCCGCGGGUCGCGCCGUCCUCCGGAGCCCGAGCCUGGCCCGGCACCGCCUGGGCGUCGCCCGCCUCCGCCGCCCGCGCCCGCAGCGGCUGCUGGCGGCGGAGGGCCGGGAUCCUCUUCCUUCUCCGGUGUUACUGGAAGGCGGCGUGGGCUUCGCGCUCAAGUACCUGGGCAUGACGCUGGUGGGAGAGCCCAAGGGAGAGCAGAUGGCCGCCGCCGCCGUGAGGCGCAUCCUGGCCAUGACCCGCGUGGGGCCCAAGAAGUUCCGGAAGGUGUUGCUGACGGUCUCCCCGCGCGGCCUCUCCCUCCAGGACGCCGAGACGCAGGAGGCCAUUGAGAGCAUCUCCAUCUACAGGAUCUCCUAUUGCACGACGGACAAGCUGCAGAACAAGGUCUUUGCCUACGUGGCCCAAAACCCCCGGAGUGGGGCCCUGGAGUGCCACGCCUUCCUCUCCCCCAAGAAGAAGGUGGCCCAGGCAGUGACCCUGACGGUGGCCCAGGCCUUCCAGGUGGCCCUUGACCUCUGGGAGGCAGCCCAGGCUGGCUCCAGGGGAGACGAGGAGGAGGAGGAGGAGGAAGGGGUUGCGCUGCAAGGGGAGAACUCUCUGGUGCUGUGUUCCUCGGAAGGCGCCUGCUGCCGACCCUCCGGGAGCCCCCCUUUCAAGGCCAACUUUGAGGAGGAGGAGGAAGACGAUGACGAGGAUGACGAGGAAGAAGGCGACCUCAACGACAAUCUCUCCAGGUGGGGGCCACCUGGCCUUCAGUGGCGGCUCCCCGUCCAACCGCUUCCUGCCGUCCUUGGGGGCCUGGAGCUGCAGCCCCCCCAGCAGCUGCCUGCCUCCCGGGACCCUCUUCUGAGGCCGGCUCCGCCCCCCUUUUGGCACUUCCACAAUUUGGCACCCUCCCACCAGCCAUCCCCUGCCCCUCCCAGGUUCCCCUUUGUCCUCCCAUUUCCCCAACACAAGGGUCUUGACCCCAUUGACUCCGCCCCCAGUGACUGGUGGGGGGCAGCAAUCUCUCAGUGGGAGGGGGCUCUUCCUGCAGAGGGGGGACUCUCAGAUUCCAGCCAAGCCCCCUCCCACCAACUCUACUAUAAUUUUGGGGGGUGGACCUUUCUUCCUCCAUACCCCCACCACCACUUGAGGCUUUGGUGGAAAGCCCCCCACCCCAACGCCCCCCAAAAGCCCCUCAUCACUGCCAAAACUCAGCUUUGUAGCAGAAAAAUAGUUUUUCAUGUCCUUUUCUAAAAGGGGAAUAAAUGGUUUCUACUGUUGUA